CCUCUGAACCGGAGAACGACCGGUCGGUGCUUUCCGCCAUUGCUGCUGACCUUCUCCUCCUUUCAGGUGCGUUCAAACCCCUCAUUGUUAAACCCUAAAUUCGUAGAAUUUACUCUCUAUGAGCUUUCUGCAACUUCCUCUUUCUCGAGUUCAUUGCUUCUUGUUCAUGACCUAACAAUUUGUAAGUCUUCUGUUGAAUCCGAAGGUAUAUGAUACUUUAGUAGAAUUUGUACCUAUUAGGGAAAAUUGUACAGAACCAACACCGACACCUACAGAUACAUAGUUUGAUAAUAUGAGCGUUGUUCCGAAGGAAUCGAUUGAAAUCGUUGCGCAGAGCAUUGGGAUUUCUAACCUUUCCCCUGAGGUUGCUCUUGCACUCACUCCCGAUGUCGAGUACCGGGUCCGUGAAAUCAUGCAGGAGGCAGUUAAAUGCAUGCGUCACUCAAAGCGAACUGUUCUCUCUUCCAGUGAUGUUGAUAAUGCACUUAAAUUAAGAAACUUAGAGCCAAUAUAUGGCUUUGCUGCAUGUGAUAGUUUGCGGUUCAAAAGAGCUGUUGGACACAAGGAUCUCUUUUACAUUGAUGACAAGGAUGUGGAGUUAAAUAAUGUUAUUGAGUCACCUUUAGCCAAAGCAGCGGUUGAUACAUCAGUUGCUGCUCACUGGCUGGCAGUUGAAGGUGUUCAGCCUGCAGUUCCAGAGAGCUUGCUGACUGAAGAACGUACUCAAUUAAAGCCAAUUCUACAAAGUUAUUUGGAUUGUUUAUCCAUUUUGCUUGUAGAACCCCAUGAUGGAAAGAAAUCCGACUUGAAGGAGGAAGAACUUCCUUAUGACUCUAAAGCACCUACUAAGCAUGUGAUUUCAAGGGAUCUUCAGCUUUACUUCGAGAAAAUAACUGGCCUUAUCUUGAACAAGUCUGGGUCUAUUCUAUUUAGAGAAGCUUUAAGGAGCCUGGCAGUUGACUCAGGAAUUCAGCCUUUGCUUCCAUACUUUACUUGCUUCAUUGCCGAUGAGGUUUCGAAAAAUCUAUGUAAUUGUCAACUCUUGAUUGCUUUGAUGAGGAUGGUCUGGUGCCUUCUUCGAAAUCCACAGAUUCAUAUGGCACCUUAUUUACACCAAUUGAUGCCAUCCAUCAUUACCUGCCUUGUUGCCAAACAAUUAGGUAAAAGAUUGUCCGACAAUCAUUGGGAGCUUAGAGACUUAGCAGCAAGCCUGGUUUCUUUGGUAUGCAAAAGAUUUGGACAUGUAUAUCACAAUAUUCAACCUCGUGUUACAAAGACUCUUCUCCACGUUUUCUUGGACCCCUCAAAAUUAUUGCCUCAGCAUUAUGGCGCAGUUCAGGGGCUAGCAGAUCUUGGUCCUGAUGUGGUUCGCCAGUUUAUACUACCAAAUCUUGAACCUUAUAUGCAAUAUUUAGAGAUGGAGAAGCAAAAGAAUGAAAUGAGGAGGCAUGAAGCUUGUCAAGUUUAUAGGACGUUACUGGAUGCAGCUGGUAAAUGUAUGCAUGGUUGGUUGAAGGUUUUUCCGCUCUCUCUAUCUCCACCAAUGCGUAGUACUUCGAAGAUAAAUGCGAAUAUCAAUGAGAAAGUGGUGAAGACAAUUUCAAAUAAACGCAAAGCCAUUUUGGACAACUCGGUGCAGCAACCAGCACUCAAAAAGAUGGCAACAGAUAACUCAUUGGGCGCAAUACCGAUGAACUCCAUGAUGGUCGAUAUGCAAGGAGCCACAACUGGGCUUCCAACACCACUUGGAGGUUCAAACAUCGGUGUCACUCGAAAUUUCCCAAACGAAACGAGGCCUGGUAGGGAAGGUGAACUAGGAUCUAAGGGUUCUACUGCUCUUGCUGUAGCAUGGAAAGAGGAUUUGGAUGCUGGGCCAUUGAUAACUUCGCUUUUUCAACUUUUUGGGGAAGAUCUGUUCUCCUUCAUCCCAAAACCCGAGCUAUCCUUUUUUCUGUGAACCAUUUUGAUAAUUUCUUAUCAAAUAUGUUGUUUUUCAUGUUUACAUCAGGCAAACUAGAUUUUGUAGGGGUUACAGAAUGUGAUCAUGUUGUAAUUAUAACACUAAUGAAUCUUGAAAAGGUGGUCGAAUCCUUUUGAAGAAUAGUUCAAUUCCUUAGAAUGUUGCCAUGCAA